AUGAUUGAUAUAAAAUUUAUUGAUAAUACAAGAAAGAGUUAAAAAUAUGGUGAUAGGCGAAUAAUUUAAUUAUUUAAAUUUAUAGAAUGCUUCCAGAUAAGAAGGGAAAGAAAUACAGAUGAAUAAUUGGUUCUAGUAAUUGAUGGCGUAACUUUUGUUGGAAUUUCAAAGUAAAAUUUGAAUUCAAUUUUAGACAGACAUUAUUGAGGUUAGACCAUAAAUAUUGCAAUUAAAAAAAGGAUAAUAAAAUGAGGAUUGAAAGAUUAAGAUAAUCAUCAAAUUACCAUCCAAGAAUUGUACAUUCUUUGAUGAUUAAAUUGUAAAUAACUAAGAAAAAUUUAUGCCCGAAUAAUUUAAACGACGAUCUAAGCCUGAACUCUUAGUUGCUAAUGAAACUUUGGGAGUGUCAAAAAAUUAAAACCUUAAGAUUACGAAAAGGUACCCGAAUUCUUUUGUAAGAAAGUGAUGCUGUAUAUGAAAUCUAUUCAAGAUAAGAAGUAAUUGAUAGGAAAUGA